GCACUUUCUCCUCAUUCAGAUUUCUUUUAAACUGAGCUUGGAAACAUGAGUGGAAGAGGCAAAGGAGGAAAGGGACUCGGUAAAGGAGGCGCCAAGCGUCACCGUAAAGUCCUCCGUGAUAACAUCCAGGGGAUCACCAAGCCCGCCAUCCGCCGUCUGGCUCGCCGUGGCGGAGUGAAGCGUAUCUCCGGUCUCAUCUACGAGGAGACCCGAGGUGUGCUCAAGGUGUUCCUGGAGAACGUGAUCCGUGACGCCGUCACCUACACCGAGCACGCCAAGAGAAAGACUGUGACCGCCAUGGAUGUGGUUUAUGCUCUGAAGAGACAGGGCCGCACUCUGUACGGCUUCGGAGGUUAAACUCUUCAGAGUCAACAACAACAACAACAACAACGGCUCUUUUAAGAGCCACGCACUGAAUCAAUAGAGACAGAAAUCAUCCUCCAGUUUUUAUUUAAAUUGCCACCGAUAUGCAGUUGACCAUUCUUCAUGAAUUCAUCAUAAGAAAAAUAAAA